AUGGCCAGGUCCUCCUACUCGGACGAGCACGUGGCAUCCCAGAGGGACACGGCCUAUCUCGCCCCUCGCGAGCCCUACGGCUACCCGACCUCGUCCGCUCGAGAGUCGAGAUGGGAUGUCGCUGAAUUUUCUCGCAGACCGACCGCCAGGGCCCCGGACGCCCCCUCGUCCUCGUCGAGAGCCCCGUCUCGCUCACGAUCUCGCUCCCGCUCCCGCUCCCGCUCCCGCCCCCGUUCCGCCAGACCGUCCAAGUACCGCGAUAUGCACCCCAAGAAGAGACGCAGCGGUGGCGGCUCGUCAUCCUCGCCUGCGGACCCCGCCGCCGUCGUCACCGCCCGCGGCAACAGCACCUUCUCCCCGUCCUCCGUGAUCAGCAACAUCCAAACAGCCUUCAACGCCUUCCAGUCUAUGCCUCAGCUAUCCUCGUCGUCCUUCGAGCUGGGCCCCCUGCCCGACACCCCCGUGACGAACCUCAUCAACCCAAAGAACCUCACCCCGCCCUCCUCCCAGGCCGUCCUCCACGACCGCCUCGCCACGAAUCUGCCCCGCCACAGCAACGUCUACCUCAUCCUGCUGGUCGGCAACCUCUUGGCCAACCACUGGCUCAUCCUCGUCGCCCUGUUCGCCGUCGUCAAGAUUGGCUUCUUCAUCCAGGCGCACAACGGCCGCGAUCUCGCCCGGGACCUGGGCGUGCGGAGAUACGCCUCCACCCAGAGCAUCAUAUCCGGUUUCGCCGCCGUCUCCGCCAUUGUGGCGCUGUGGGCCUUUUCCUCACUCUUUAGCGUCGUCUGCACCCUCAUCCAAGUCACCAGCCUCAUCUUGGCCCACGCCGCCUGUUACGAGGUGUCGGCAGCGGAGCCCAGACCUCCCGGCACAGCACCUGGAACCAGUGCCGCUAAAGCCGUCGCGCCAGCGCCCUCGCCCGUCCCGGCGCAGGGGCUCUUGAGGCCUCACGGGUCUUGGGGCCAGCUCUCGCGCGAGGCGGUCAACGUUGCUGCGCAAUUCAGGUCCGCGAGCGAGGGUCAGCUGAGAUCCGCGAGCGACCCCGACCUCGGCUCCCCGUACCCGGCCGGGGGCGAGAAUGGGUGGUACGCCGGCGAGGGAUACACCGGGCCGCCGGUGCCAGAGCCGUACGCAGAUAUGCCACACGCACCGCGCACCUACGAGGCGUACGCUCCCGCAUCCAACCCGCCGAGGAGAGAGGAGCACGAUGGGGGUGGUUUGGCGUAUGGGUAUUACGAGUCCACUCGGCCGCAGAGCUACGCUUCAGGUAGAUCGUACUGA